AAGUCGCACAAGCAUCCACUUCUCAGAGAUAGAAGUCAAAGGACUCAUCCAGAACAACCCAGGGGAGCUUUUACACCAUCUUGAAGAGAUUUAAUCAGAAUUAGUAGGAUCAUAUUUUUUAAACAGCACCUGCAUCUGUCAAGACAUGGAGCAAUGACCCACGUGGAAGAGCAAGACCCCAGCAGCCACAGUGAGGAUGACAGCUUCAACGACAACUGGUCCUGGUUACAGACAAUGAACUAUGUGGGUCAGUUGGCGGGCCAGGUGUUUGUGCAAGUCAAGGAGCUAUACAGGGGACUCAACCCAGCAACACUGUCUGGAUGUAUAGACGUCAUCGUGGUCCGGCAACCUGAUGGCUCACUGCAGUGCUCCCCCUUCCAUGUCCGCUUUGGCAAGAUGGGUGUGCUGCGGUCCCGUGAGAAAGUGGUGGACAUAGAAAUUAAUGGCGAGCCGGUGAGUUUGCACAUGAAGCUGGGAGAGAAUGGUGAGGCCUUCUUUGUCAAAGAGACUGAGAACAGAAUGGAAAUAGUUCCGUCCUACCUAGCAACCUCACCCAUCAUGUCAACGGGGGCAGAGUUAAUGGAGUCCCAGCUAGGCAGGGGCAGUUCUCGUCACCAUGACACCAUCCUGUGCAGCUCACUUCCUGUCCAGAGCCUGGGACAGCAUCAAAGUGAUGGCGUAAUGAUCAAGAAGAGGAGGAAGAGAAGGAGGAAGGCAAGGCCAGAGGCAGGCAGUGGAGGAGGAGGGAGGAGAGAGGAGAGCGGGGAAGAGUUCUCGGAGGACCAGGACAUGUUUACUAUUGACUUGAGCUCGGAUGAAGAGAGAGAGGGUGAAAGCAGGCCUGUGUACGGUGAGCAGGGAUCUACAUCCAACACACACACAGACCCCAGCACUAAUUGGAUCCAUUCACAGAGUCAAGUGGUUAAGGAGACUCUCUCCAUCCCUCCACACUGUGCUCUGUCUAUCUCUUGUCCUCAGCAGACUUCUCACUUCUCCUGCCCUGUUAGCAGCCCCGACAAUUCUAGGUCAUCAACACCGAAGAGCGACUCAGAGCUAACCAAUCAUCAGAACAAAGAUAACCCUGAGAUGUUGUGGACGUGGGGGGAGCUGCCACAGGCUGCCCAGCCAUCCUUCCUGACUUCCCAGCAGAAGCAGGACCCUGCCACAGCAGUCUCCAUCCCGGUGUCUGACAGCACUCACUUCAGAGCCAUUAACGACACUGGACCACCCUCACUUACUCUCUAUGCUGGGGAGACUGCUGCUCAAUAUGGGGACAAGGACACUAAAGGAAGCAAAAAUGGAGUCAGUGUCGGACUAACCACUAAGACUGGAGACAGGGCUGGAGGUGAGCAUGGGAGAGAGUUGGAAAGUGUUGGCCCAUUGUGUGCAGAGAUGGAGGGUUUAACAGCCUGCCCAGUGUCUCGCAGGAUUCUUCUUGAUCAUCUUGACGAUGGCGGGAAUGUAGGAAGUCCCAUCAAAAGAACUGAUUCACCAUCCAAGAGGAAAGAAAAGAGAAGCCAACACCUUGGUGCUGAUGGCAUAUACCUGGAUGACAUUACAGAGCUGGAGCCUGAAGUAGCUGCUCUCUACUUUCCUAAAAGUGACGGAGGCAGUAGCUCAAUGAGAGGGGACUCUGAGAUGCUGAUGAUGAUGGGAGUGCGGAGCGCUGAUCAGUCCCCAGUGGGCAGCAGUGGGAUGGACAGCGGCGUAGACAGUUUGUCCGACCAAGUAGGGGACCUGCCUCAUGUUGCCAUCUCUUUGUGCGGAGGACUCACUGACAACACGGAGAUCACAAGAGAGCAGUUCAAGGAGAGGGCAAUUUCCUAUCAGCAGUUUUCUGAAAACCCGUCGAUUAUAGAUGACCCUAACCUAGUCGUCAAGAUAGGAAACAAGUACUACAACUGGAACACAGCAGCUCCUGUCAUGUUGGCCAUGCAGGUCUAUCAGAAACCACUGCCGCAGGCCUCAGUGGAGAAUAUUAUGAAGGAGAAGAUGCCCAAGAAAGGAGGACGCUGGUGGUUCUCAUGGAGGAGCCGGAACAGUGACUCCAAAUCAGAUUCAGUGACAGAUGCAGGAAGCUGUGGAGAGAACUCACUCACUAUGCCCUCAGUGAACAGGAUGAAGGAUGAGUCAUCCUCUAGUGAUGAGGACAACAGAUUGUCCAAUCAGGCAUCAAGAUCCUGCCAGUCAGAGCCCCCUAUGAUUUCUGGCAGCAUCUGUUAUAAGAAGACUCUUCGGCUCACGUCAGAGCAACUGGCUAGCCUGCAGUUGAAGGAGGGUCCGAAUGAUGUGAUGUUCAGUGUGACCACUCAGUAUCAGGGCACCUGCCGCUGCAAUGGAACAAUCUAUCUUUGGAGCUGGGAUGACAAGAUAGUCAUCUCCGAUAUAGAUGGAACCAUCACCAGGUCAGACACCUUGGGUCACAUCCUCCCCACACUGGGUAAAGACUGGACCCACCAGGGCAUCGCACGGCUCUACCACAAAGUCAGCCUAAAUGGAUAUAAAUUCAUGUACUGCUCGGCGAGGGCAAUUGGCAUGGCUGAUAUGACACGAGGCUACCUGCACUGGGUCAAUGAGAGGGGAACCAUGCUGCCAAUGGGCCCGGUGCUGCUUAGCCCCAGCAGUCUUUUUUCUGCCUUGCACAGGGAAGUGAUUGAGAAGAAACCUGAGAAGUUUAAGAUUGAGUGUCUCACAGACAUAAAGCACCUGUUCUACCCCAACACUGAACCAUUCUACGCUGCUUUUGGCAACAGAGCUACGGAUGUGUAUUCCUAUAAGGAGGUGGGUGUUCCUCUGAGCAGGAUUUUCACUGUCAAUCCCAAAGGGGAGCUGAUACAGGAGAAUGCCAAAACCAAUAUCUCCUCCUUUGAGCGUCUGUGUGAGAUGGUCGACCAUGACUUCCCAGUCCUAGCUCAAGAUGAGGAAGCAGACCUCUCCUGCUCUGACACCUUUGAUCAGUGCACCUACUGGAGCAAACAACUUCCUGAUGGCAGCAACCAGGAAGAAGGAGACCCAGAGCAACUUGAAACAAGCUGAGGAAACCCAAUGAAAAUCAGCAGUGAGGACACUGCGUUCCAGCUUAUCUCCAGGCACGACACUGUGGUCAGUGGUUCCGCGAUUCAUCACGAAGAUCAGCCCCAAUUCAGAAGGUGUCGAUUAUUUCAGAACUGUAACUGUUGAAUGAAGCUCUGUGGCUCCUUUAAGGAUCAAAUACAGUUUUUUUAUCUAAGACAAGUAACUGUGACUACUGAUUCAAAUUAAAUGAAUGUGUUUUCAAUAUCCCACAUAAACCAACCUUACUAUCAUUCAACCCUGAGAAUACGAGCAGACCUAAGUGUUCAUUACAAAUAAGACUGCUGUGCCAGAAAAAAAG